CUGUGGCUAGCUGUUGCCUAUCGGCCACCACAGUCCACGGCUAAUGAUGAUAAUGAGUUAAUUGAUUCUCUCUAUGACAUAUGUUCCACAACUAGCCCCAUUAUUGUCACUGUCCUUUACUCGCGGGAAUCCGUCCUGGACUUGAUCUUAUCUUCUGGAACUACGAUUGAAAAUAUUGACAUUCUUCCUCCUCUCGGGAACUCCGACCAUAAUAUUAUAGUGACAAACUUCCCGUAUUUUCUUUAUCGUUUGGACCGAAAGGAGCGCCGUGGUGGUGGAGUUUGCUGUCUGGUGAGAGGCAAUCUCCAUGUUCAUUCGGUUGACCGUGCAUCGCCUAACAAAGCAGAUGUCCUCUGCGUCGACCUUCUUUGUCCCCACAAUGCCUCACGAAUUCGCUUCAUUCUCGUGUAUCGUCCACCCAAUAUGAGCAAAAAUGAGGAUGAGGAACUUAUCGAUGUCCUUCGUGACACUGUCGCAACUCAUACUAACACCAUAAUGCUAGGUGACUUCAUUCUUCUGGUUGACUGGAAAGCCCUGAAUGCGCAUAAUGCAGCGUCAUCCUUGUUUCUGAAGUUCUUCCAAGGCAGUGGCCUCGAACAGCAUGUUUCUCUACCAACCCAUGGCAGGAACAUUCUUGAUUUAGUGUUGUCGACAUUUAACAACAUAAGAGAGGUCACGACUUCGUCUCCGCUGGCAAACUCUGAUCACUCAUUGUUCGUUUCAAAGUACUGGGAGACUUCGAGAGUUACUCCUCUGUCCCUCUUCCCGACUUCUUGA